AUGCAUGCCCAGCCAAAACAAACCAUGCAUUUCCGAAACCCUUUCAAAAGAAGAAAGGAGGAAGCGGCAAAGAGCCUCCAGGAAGAGAAGAUGGAGCAAGAGAAAAAAGAAGAAGCACAAAAGGCGAAACAGAGAAACAAGCGCAUUUCCAGAUCAUCAGAACCUUACACCAGCUACUACACCGGCACCCCAAGCCUGAAAUCUCCACGUUACAACUCAUCCUUCCUCAACACAUAUAUGUCGGCAGCAGAAUCUGGGGACGGCGGUAGUACCAACAAUCAUUAUUCUGGAGGAAGCAGCAGUCACAACCAUUAUGGCGGAAGUAAUAAUCAUCAUCAUAGCAGCUGUCACACUGGUGGUAGCAGUUCAUACUCAGGUGGCGGGGAUUCCGGAGGCUACUCAGGUGGUGGAGACUCUGGCGGAAGCAGUGGGGGAGGUGGAGAUGGAGGUGGAGGUGGAGGUGGAGGUGGAAAUGGAGGUGGUGGCUGCUAG